AUGAAACUUUUGUCGCUUCUCCCAGCUCUCGCUUAUCUAACUGGGGCGUUAGCAAAGGAGCCACUUGGACCAAAGUCCUGGUACUUAGAAGACUCUUUCGAUAAGUUUCAGCAAAAUGCCAUUGUUAACAAUCUUUUUGAGGUGAAGGAGUUUGGUGAAGAGGACAAAGAUAAAGACUGUCCGCCAUGUUUCAAUUGCAAUCUACCUAAUCACCGGUGUGCUCAAUUCUCGAAGUGUAAUACGUUCACGGGUAUGUGUGAGUGUCACGAAGGCUUUGGUGGUCUGGACUGCUCAGAGCCUUUGUGUGGCUCUCUUGCCAGAGAUAAUUCAAAAAGACCACCUCGAGGCAACGAGACCUCAUGUUCGUGUGACGAUGGCUGGGACGGAAUUAACUGUAACAUAUGUACAGAUGAUUCUGUCUGUGAUGCUUUUAUGCCCGAGGGCCUCAAGGGAGUUUGUUACCAGCGAGGAGUUGUCAUCAACGAGAUUCACCAGAUGUGCAAUGUGACCAAUCCCAAGAUUAUCAAGAUUUUAGAGGGUGAGAUCCCCAAGCUACCUUUAGAUGUCGAAUCUUUCUUUUGUGACUUGAGUCUGUGCAAGUUUGAUUACGACCUUGAGUCAAAUACAACCCGCUACAACUGUGACAAUGUGGCUUGCGAGUGUUUGCCUGGGCGAAUGCUCUGUGGCAAAUCUGGCUCAAUCGAUAUCUCAGAGUUCCUUGAAAAAACUAUCAAGGGUCCAGGUGACUUCACUUGUGACAUUACCGGUGGAGAGUGUCGUUUCUCCGAACCUAGCAUGAAUGGAUUAAUUUCAUCGGUGUUUGGUGAUCCGUAUAUCAUGAUCAAGUGUAAAGCAGGCGAAUGUGUCCACAAGAGUGAAAUUCCAGGAUAUGACCUUCCUGACCGCAGCAAGUUCACUUGGUACAAUCUCUUCACCAUUGCAGCAGUAGUUGCAGUUGUUGGAGUCGCUAUAAUUACCUCGAUUUACCAUAUUAAGAACAGCCCGCUUUUCAAGACUGGCUCUUUGCUGGGCUAUGAUGAUGACAAUGAUUUCAAUCCAUUGAAUGAGAACUUCACGCCCACUACUUUAUCCUUCAAGGACGUCUCUUAUCAUCUUGGUGGUGGUUCUCAAGUUUUGAAUAGCAUCUACGGUUUGGUCAAUCCAGGUGAAUGUCUCGCCAUCAUGGGUGGGUCAGGUGCUGGUAAGACUACUCUUCUCGAUAUUUUGGCAGGUAAACGCAAGAGUGGUAAAACGUCUGGAGAAAUCUUUGUGAACGGCCAGGUGCUUGAUCGUCAUGAUUACAGAAAGAUUGUGGGCUUUGUGGAUCAGGAAGAUCAUUUGAUUCCUACGCUAACUGUAUACGAGACUGUCCUCAACAGUGCCUUAUUGAGACUCCCUAAAAUCAUGCCUUUGCAUUCUAAGAUUUCAAGAGUCAUUGAGGUCUUGAACGAGUUGAGAAUUCUCAAUAUCAAGGACAGGGUUGUUGGUUCUGAUUUCAAUAGAGGAAUCUCGGGUGGUGAGAAGAGAAGAGUUUCGAUUGCUUGCGAACUUGUCACCUCUCCAUCUAUAUUAUUCUUGGACGAACCAACCUCUGGUCUUGAUGCUUAUAAUGCUAGAAAUGUUGUUGACUGUCUCGUCAAGUUGGCAAAAAAUUACAACAGAACAAUUGUGUUCACUAUUCACCAACCAAGGUCCAACAUUGUCUCAUUGUUCCACAAGCUUUUGUUGCUCAGUGAAGGUGAUUUGAUCUACUCCGGAGACCUCAUCAAGGCAAACGACUUCUUUUCGAAACAUGGCUACAGAUCGCAGCGUGAUAAUGGUGAUAAAUUAAUUCAGCUUCAUAAAAAGUUGCCUCAAACAUUUAAUGAGUCUGUGCUCGCUAUAGAGCUCAAACAGGAGAUUGAAGAGUCCAAACAAAGCUCUGCAGCUCUCGACGUGCUGCAUCAUCUUUUGAAGAAGGCAUCGUUGUUCACGCAGUUUACAGUCUUGAGCUCUAGAACGUUCAAGAACUUGUACAGAAACCCGAAGUUGCUUCUCACAAACUAUGUCUUGUCUUUGCUUGUUGGUCUUUUCUGUGGUUCGCUUUACUACAAGGUUUCUAAUGACAUAAGUGGGUUCCAAAACAGAUUGGGUUUGUUCUUCUUCGUUUUGGCGUUGUUUGGUUUCUCUUCCUUGACUGGAUUGCACUCAUUCGCAGAGGAAAGAAUCAUCUUCAUUCGUGAGAGAGCGAACAACUACUACAACCCAUUCAGUUACUACGUUAGUAAAGUGUUGUGUGACAUCAUCCCAUUGCGUCAUUUUGUACCCACUUGUGGGUUGACAAUGGAACACAACGGUUUCCUCAAGGCUCUUUUGGUGCUCGUUGUGUUCAACGUUGCCAUUGCGUCAGAAGUGUUGAUUGUGGGUAUCUUGAUCAAGGAUCCUGGCACGUCCACUAUUCUGGCCGUUUUAAUCCUUCUCUUCUCGAUGUUGUUUGCCGGUCUUUUCAUCAACAGCGAAGACCUCAAGGUACAAACCAAAUGGUUGCAGUGGAUCUCUCUUUUCCACUACGCCUAUGAAGCACUUGCAAUCAACGAAGUGAAGGAUUUGAUAUUAAAGGAGAAGAAGUACGGACUCUCUAUUGAAGUCCCAGGUGCUGUUAUUUUGAGUACCUUUGGUUUCGAGGUCUCUGCUUACUGGAAGGAUGUAAGCUAUUUGAUCGGCUGGGCCGCUACAUUCCUUGUACUUGGCUAUGUCUUCUUGCAUUUCUUGACCUACGAAAGAAGAUGA